CUGGGCGGCCGGUAAUGGCGGCGAAGAUGGCGGCUGAGGAGGUCAGCUCUCUGGAGGACUGUCUAGAGGAGCACCUUCCACCCGCGGUGUUCCAGCAUGUCCGGAGGAUGCUAUAUGGCAAAGAGACGAGAAAGCUGGAUUUGCCGAAGUCAGCUUUGACAGCCUCUCUGGAGAAGGACUUUCAGCUAAAGGGUUUUGGAUUUGAGGCCGCCACAGAGCAGCUCCGUCAGCCUCGAGUUGUGCGAGUGGGACUUAUUCAGAACAAGAUUCUCCUUCCUACUGAUUCCCCUGUGUCUGAGCAGGUUGCUGCCCUUCAGAAACGAAUCGCAGACAUUGUGGAAGUGGCUGCCAUGUGUGGAGUGAAUAUUGUCUGCCUCCAGGAAGCCUGGACUAUGCCAUUUGCUUUCUGUACAAGAGAAAAAUUGCCAUGGACAGAAUUUGCUGAAUCUGCAGAAGAUGGUCAGACAACACGGUUUUGCCAAGAGCUUGCAAGAAAAUAUAACCUGGUCAUAGUGUCACCAAUCUUAGAGCGAGAUGAGUUUCAUGGGGACACGCUGUGGAACACUGCGGUUGUGAUUUCUAACUCUGGCAAAGUCCUUGGCAAGACCAGGAAGAAUCACAUUCCUAGGGUUGGCGAUUUUAAUGAGUCUACAUACUACAUGGAAGGAAACACAGGACACAAAGUGUUUCAGACUCAGUUUGGACGGAUUGCUGUUAAUAUCUGCUUUGGUCGACAUCACCCUUUGAACUGGUUAAUGUAUAGCAUUAAUGGAGCUGAAAUUAUCUUCAACCCCUCCGCUACUGUGGGGACGCUGAGUGAACCCAUGUGGCCUAUUGAAGCCAGGAAUGCAGCCAUCGCCCAUCACUGUUUCACCUGUGCCAUCAAUCGAGUCGGGACGGAAUGUUUCAAGAAUGAAUUUACUUCAGGUGAUGGGCAGAAAGCACAUCAUGAAUUUGGCCAUUUUUAUGGAUCCAGUUAUGUAGCUGCGCCUGAUGGAAGCCGGACUCCUGGCCUGUCUCGUAUUGAGGAUGGUCUCCUUGUGGCUGAGCUCGAUCUCAACCUGUGUCGGCAGGUAAAUGAUAAAUGGGCCUUCAAGAUGACAGGAAGAUACGAGAUGUAUGCUGACGAACUUGCUGAGGCAGUGCAGCCUAAUUUUGAUCCCUACAUAGUCACAGAGUAGUGACAUUGUUGGGCACAGACAACAUGGAGACGAUGUCAGAGAAUUGCAAUGACUGAUCAGGACUUGUACCCAUUUGCUGAGUCAUAUUCUCUUUAUUUCCUAUUUCCCUUUAUCCAAAGCAUUCUCAUUGUGAUUUUACACCAGAUAUUUCCUCAGACUCCAAGUAACCAUCAUCAGAGGACACAGAACUUAUUUCUAAUGCUGAAAAAGUUCAACUGAACUUGGAACAAACUAUUUUCUGUCUCCACAGUUACUGGAGAUCUGUUGAGUCUCUCCAGCACUUUGUUUUCUGCAGGUCUAGUAUAAUGUGAUUUCUGUACAUGCUGUUCUACGAAACUAUCCUGAAAAUACUUUAUGAACCUGUCAUCUUGGCUUCUUUGCCCAUCUGACUUCUCUAGUCUAUAUGUGGAUUAAAAUCUGUGAUGAUUAUUGUUGUUUCUUCCUUCCCACAAGUGAUUUCUUGCCCUUCAACCCUACCCAAACGACUUCCUCAACCAGGUUUUACUCAACAUGGGUCAUUCGUAUCAAUCACCAUCAGAUGGUUAACUAAAAGACUCAACCUUCUACCUUUUCCUAGCUCCCUGUUGUCCAUGCAGCCAGGCUACUAGAUCAGAUUCUUUUCUGUUUGUGCUCUUGUUUCAUCUUUUUUGUUUCAGAUGCUCUGAGCUUUCAGAUGUCUUUGUUUUGUAUCCUCUAUUCUGAUCUGUUGGUUUACUUAGAUUUGGACUCUCCAUCCCUUCCUGUCACUGUCUGUAUAUCAUUUUCCAUACCUCCUUCCUUUCUCUUUGGUUUUGACUCUAACCUUGGAUUUACCACAUUUUCCCAAUUUUGAUCCCUUACCCCCACAAUUUAGUCUUAAAUCAUCUACUUGUCUAGUUAUGCACUCAGUAAGAACAUUAGUCCCAAACUGGAACCCAUAUUUCCCACAGCAGUGUUUGAAUUGUACCUUCAUCUCUUUAAUCUGAUUUCUCCUAUGCCAAUUUGCACAUGACUCUAAUAAUCGGAUCAUUAGUUUUGAGAUUGUGUUUCUUCAUUUAGUGAAUAGUGCCUCAUACUGAUCAGGCACAACCUUUUCCUUUGUUGUUGUUACAUACAUAGACCAUGACAACUGGAUCCUCCUUCUCUUGUUGCAAGUGUUUUCCCUGGAUCAAAUUAGACCUAUUAGUACUGAAAUGCUGCAGCCAUAAUAGCUGACAACAUAGACUUGAUUUUCCUGACCAAUAGGAAACUGAUACCCCGUACUGUUCCUUCACUGGAAACCUCAAGGCAUCUGAAAAAGCUGCAGUCAAUCACUUACCUAAGGAUCUCCGAGCUGCCAGUCAAACUGUGUUCUGGUGGCACAUGAGCAGCUCAGUAGUUUUAUUGAAAUGGCAGGCAUUUUAUCGUCGUACCUGUCUAAGCCAGAGAUGGUUAUACUGAAUAUGAUAGCUCUGGAUCUAUUAAAUGAUUUAUCUCAGACAAACAAUUACAUUUGCCAAGAAAUGUGCUCUUGUGGAGCGGCC